UAGGUUUCGCUCCUUUAACGACUUAGUUUAACAGAUGUGGGCAGCGAAACCAGCAACCAGUGUUGUCAAUAAUAAAAUGUUGGCACAAAAAUGCAGAAAGUAACAGCACAUACAUUUGCCCAUCUCUAGGAUACAGCAGCUGUGGUUUUGUAUCAUUUUGUUUUGUUUGGACCUCUGGUUUUGUUUUUCGUCGUUCGUAUUUAAAACGAAUGCAGCCUUUUAUUGUUAUACGCGACCAUCGCGAAGAUGACGAACUCAAGUGUCAGGAACUGGUGCGGGACUACGUUAUGUCAUUUGCUACAAAGUCGUUUUAUUGUUUUUGCUUUCGUGAGAUCACACUUCAGUUUAUAGUCAUCACGUGGGCUUUACUUUUUAUAUUUCUGGGCGUGCCACUAAUUUUCUGUGCGCUCACAAUACCAGGAUGCAUAUUCUUCCUCUUCUUGGGAACAUAUUCCUCCUUUUAUGCCAAAGCUGUGGAACACAUACGGCUUAAGCCAUCUACUAAAUCCUUGGUGGCAGAGUGCUAUGAGCCAUUCAUUUUUCGGUGCUCACCAAACGAGGCUAGCUACGAUAUAUUCAUGGAGAAAGCACCAUACGAGAAUGAUUUUUUGAGGAAGUUCCGCAGAAAGAUUGUGGCGACCGUCAGUGUGAAAAAUCAUAACGCUGUAUAUAAUGCGGCCUUUAUUUAUCGCUUUGCCAUAGCUCCGCUUUAUCCGCACCAAAAGAUCAUGGAGCCCAUGAUAAGUUUGGUGUCGAAAAAUUGUGUCAACGCUGGCUUUGCAACGCUGGAGUGUACCGUUUCGGAGUGGCAGGAGAGUGAGCGGGACUUUUACGAUUCUCUGGGUUUCGCCACGCGCCAAAUAUACCACAAACAAAUAAUCGGCAGUAGCCUAACAGUGAUGAAAACACAAAUGACGUACAAUUUACGAACUGACGACGUUCUGCAGAAACAGAAUUAAGUCCUAAAAAUGCUAAAAAUCUCUAUCUUAAAGAAUCUCUGUCCUCCUAGCAACAUUCCAUCCCACACAAACAACACUGUCUCUUUAAACGAACUCAAGUAACUUGUCACGCCACACACAAAUGUAUGUAUUUAUUUAUAAAACGUAUUGUUUUUGUCCUUUGUUUGUUUAUUCAUUGCAUAUUCUAUUUAAAUAAAUAAAUAAAAUAUUUAGUAAUAAAUAAAA